GUAGGGAUGGUCAGCCUUGUGAAGCUUUGUGUGGGGGGUGUGCACCACAAGGAGUUUAAAACUCUCAGCCAUACCAGACCAUGUCCAGACACCAAAAUCCAUUUACCAUCCCACACAUGUUUUCUAUCUCAACCUGUUGCUUUUAUGGUUGCUAUAUAUGUAUUUUUUUUUAAUUAAAUUCCAUUCAAGCAUAUGAAAUGGCUCUGUCAGUUCCAAAUGCCCCACGGUGUGGUCAGCAUAAUUUUGUGACAUAAUUCCGUAUAGCAGGGUGUAAAUUGUUUCUUUGGGGGAAAAGUUUUGAAAAUGCUGUCUGAUGUCUACUCUCAGACAGGGUCAGUUGCUCAUGGACCUGUUUAAUUCCUUCUUGUGGGUUUAUUAAACUAACAAAUGAUGUAACUGUCCUCCAUUUAUUUUGUGUAUAGAGCAAAUGCUGGUGUACAACACUGGAUUGAUUCCAAGUAGAUUUUAUGAAAUACUUCUCGACAGUGACAAAGCAAGCUUUAAGAGUAUUGUAAUAGCUUCCUCUCUUCUAAUUCUGGGCACUGCCCUGGCAGACAGCGCAGUGAAGUAUGAUUCUAGAAUCCUUUAUGUCAAAUGGCGUGGUUUGCUGGACCGGCGGCUACACUCUGGUUAUUUUAAGCAUAAAGCUUACUACAAGUUGAAUGUACUGGAGGACAAACUUGAUAACAUUGAUCAGAGGAUAACCCAAGAUGUGGACAAAUUUUGUGAAUCUUUUAGAUCAUCAAUCAUUGUUUUCAUUAUUUCACCAUUCACCAUUGCAUAUUACACAUACCAAUGUUAUAAAAGUUCAGGGUACCUUGGUCCAGUUUGCAUCUACAGCUACUUUAUUCUUGGGACAAUAAUCAACAAGGUGAUAAUUACUCCGAUCGUCAGUGUGGUGGUCAAGCAGGAGAAACUUGAGGGAGACUUCAGGUUUAAACACAUGCAAAUCAGAUCAAAUGCAGAGUCAAUAGCAUUUUACAGAUCUGGUGACUUGGAGAUGAACAAAACAAAUUCAAGGUUACAGUCACUUCUACAAACACAGCUACGACUUGUCAACUUACAAUGCAUCCUGGUCUUUGUCGUUAAUGUUAUUGAUUAUGUGGGUGCAAUCCUAAGUUACCUGAUUAUAGCCAUUGCUCUGUUUGGUGGAAAGUACGAUGAUUUAUCUGUGACUGAGCUUGGUGCUCAGAUCAGCAGGAACUCAUUUUUUGCCAUGUACUUGAUAAACUGUGGCACUAAGCUUAUUGACUUGUCCAAUAGUAUCUCCAACAUGGCUGGAUAUGUUCACAGAAUAGGUCAGCUUUUGGAACGUUUUGCUACCAUGGAAACUGAUUCAGAAGAGAAGACGACAGAAAACGAAGAUUCUUUAGGCGCUGAGAAUUCGGCUCCACACGGGAGUGAUGCAAUUUUCAAGCUUGUUAAUGUUUCGUAUGCUCCACCAAAUUGCACAGAGCCCCUUGUCAAAGAUUUAGAUUUGGAGGUCAGCCAUGGAAAGACCAUUCUCAUAACAGGAACUACAGGAAGUGGAAAGAGUUCACUUUUUAGAAUCCUUUGUGGAAUAUGGAGUCCUCUUUCAGGGGAAGUCUUGCGAUUUCUUCCGUUCAGUCCUAAAGCUGUCUUGUUCUUGCCUCAGAAGUCUUUUCUAACAGAUGGCACGUUACGGCAACAGUUAAUGUACCCUUGUGAGGAUCCUUAUGGAGUUGACUCUGAAACAGGAGGCAAUGAAGAUGAGAAACUUCUUCAGCUUCUGGACAAUGUUGGGCUCACCACUCUGUGUGCCCGAGUUGGUGGUCUUGAUAACCCUGUGGAUUCCAAUUGGGAGGACAUGUUGUCCCCUGGAGAGAUGCAGAGGCUGUCCUUCGCUCGUUUGUUCUUUCAUCGACCUCUAGUAGCACUUCUUGAUGAAGCUACAAGCGCUUUAGAUGUGGCCUCGGAGACCAGACUGUACUCAUCCUGUAAACAGCUUGGUAUUACAGUUGUUAGUGUGGGCCAUAGAAAGUCACUGAGAGAGCUUCACGACUUUAUUUUGAAACUGGACGGAGAAGGAGGGUGGGAAUUCAAGAAAAUCAAAGAUGAAUAGAGCAUGCUCAAGUAACGCGAAUUUUUGGAUUAUCCUUGGGGUACAGAUCACAUGCAUAUGAACAGGGCUAGCUUUGAAUUGUGUAGGUAUUGUUACGUAGUUGAUUUGAAUUUGCAGAAAUGUUGGUUAACCAUGUAAUAAUUGAUAGACAGGUAUACGUGUGCAAGAAAGCGAAAAAAAAAAAAACUAUAUUUGUGUAGUAAAUAUUCAAACCUAAUCACGCCUUUUUGACACACUCAAUAGCAUAUCAGGUUAGCCUGGUCGAGCCAUGGUUCGUAUUUAUACAGGGUUCUUCCAGCUCAUGGAAAACCUGGAAAGUCAUGAAAUUUAUUAUUUCAUUUUCCAGCCCUGGAGAGUCAUGGAAUUUAAGUGAAGGUUAUGGAAAGUCAUGGAAAAGCAGUACGCUUUCGGAAAAUUAAAAGGCAACAA